CCUUUCCCAGUUUCAGAGCUUGCAGUGUUUUGUCCCUCCCACUGAUGACAAUAUGCUGUCUGACAAGGAGAAGCGGUGCUGUGCAGAACUGUUACAGCUGAUCCCUCAAGACCAGCUAUUGUCACUGAAGGACACGGUGACGAACAAGGCGAUAGAUGUGCGGAGCCGAAAUGAGGCUGUCCGUGCCAUCGUGUCAUACUCCGAGUCAGCAGAACAACUCCUGAGGAGGAGGAAGAUUAAGAGAGACUUACUUUUCCAGUACCUCGCUGGGAAAAAUGUUAUCAUCACACCUACUGCAGCAAAGGUAGACCUGAUCCAGAGAGUUCUGCAGUUCUGGGGGAUUGAGGUCGCCACAAAGGUGCAAUGGGAGGAGGAGGAGGACAUACGAGUACCUGUGAAGCCUAAAGAUGAGAUUCAGCAGCUAGCAGAGCAGUUCUGUACCUGGUUUUUCAACCUUCUUAACUCCCAUCAUCCCUUGAGGACCAGUCCACCUGCAGAAGGGUGGGGUCCUCAGCACUUCUGGGCCGACUCCCAGCUCAGGAUGGAGUACCACACCCCUGACCUGCACCAGGAACAGCACCAGGGGGCCCAACUGGUCAGCCAAAGACUCCUAGCCAUCGUUAAGGAUGACCAACUAGUAUUCAAUCCUAACAUAGCUGCUGAUGGGGUGAAGGGAAAGAAAGACCCGCACGGCUUGGUGGCAGUCUUGGUUUGUGGUACGGUGCAUCGUCAGGAGAACUGCUUGGGAGUCUUUGAACAGUGCUUCUGUCUGGUGGCUGAUCCAGCCAAGCAGAAUAACUACAAGGUCAAGUCCACAAACUUGAGGAUUCGUGGAAAGGAAGUCAUGGGUAUUCCCAGACUUGAAGCUGGAAGUGACGAGCUACUCCCUAUAACUGCGUAAUCUUGCAGAAUCUGACAUAAAUCUCAAAUACUCAAGUUGACAUGGUUGAUGUCAUUUGUUAUUUGGCCUGAUAAGAUAUAGUCUUAAGCUACUGGUGGCUUUUACUAUCUACAGUACUGGCAUUUCUUUUGGAAUUUACUUUAAUGCUUUGCAUAAAUAAGUUGCACAAUAAACUGUUCCUGUAUGUUGCUUUUUCAGACAAUUUUUUUUCUCUAAUGUUGAUGAUGUCUGUCUCUUAGCUUAAGCAGAAAAGUUACAAUUAAGGGAGUCACUCACACUCACUCAUUAUCCUGUUUAUCGUGUGAAAUAUGAUUUAUUUCAGCUAUAAAUCACAUAUAGGAAUGGUGCAGGUAAACAUAUUCAAGAGAUACUAAGGGAGAAAACUGAAGUAAAAUAAUGCCACAUUUAUUCUUGCAUAAUAGCAAAACCUAAUGUUCAGAAUCAUCAUGAAGAAGUGUUUUUGUUCUGUACCAUCAAUAGUACAAUAAAGGUAUGAGGGAGACCUCC